AUGCUCCCUGCUUUCUUUCUCCCCUGCUCCUCUGCCGCUCUCCCCUGGCUGUACAUUGCUUGCGGCCUGGGUAAGAAAGAGCCUUCUACCGGUACUACUACGUACUUUGUUAGAUUGACAGGUAUCGCCACAUGUCCGCCGAAUCAAUCGAUACGUGCGUGGGACGUGGUCCUCGGCCAAGGGUUUGUUCGUCUGUUCAAUACUGUAUCAAUAGUACCUUGGUGCGAGACGGCCGUUGCGAAGGCGGAAUGGAAUGGAAUGGAAUGCCCAGACCAUUCAUUGAUCCGAACGGCGUUGCAUGCACGACGUGCUCCUCCUCCUCCUCCUCCUACUACUACCGUACUACAUACGACAGACGUCCCAGGUCCAGGCCAGCUGCCCCGGGACAAAGCCGCCAGUCGCCAGCCGCCAGCCGCUUUUCCCCUUGCUCCUGUUCUCUUCACCGACAAGCUGCGAAGGACAUACGUCCUGCGUCCUGCGUCCUGCGUCCUACGUCCGACAGUACGAUACGGGGGAAGAGGGUCUGGGAGGAUUCAGCUCAGAUAUCGAUUGAACAAUGGUCGGAUCCAGAGGGUCGCGAGGCCACGAAUCAUGGAGUGCCACAGCGACGGGGAGCUCUCCACCGCAAGGAAAGAAAGAAAUAAUAAUGCGCAAGGACUCGUGCGAGCGGGUCCUCCCUCAGUCUCGGUAUUGAAGUCUGAGGUCCACUGUGGUGAGAUGAACAGACUCCUGGGUAGUCAGUGGGUUUUCCCAGUACGGUCCUACUACUUCGACUACUACGUGAUUCCGGCUAUAUGGUUCAUUGUUGUACUCCGUAGGGCUGGAUGUUUUGGUGCCGGCAUGGGAUGGGAUGAAAAGAGAAGAGAUCGACGAUCGUUGGCACAGGGGUCCGGAAGGGACGGGGAGGGCGGAUCUGUUUCGCUGGAACAUCUACGUUUCGGACGACAUAUCAUACAUAUGUUUUUGUUUGGUGUUGAUGUUCAGCUGCUUCUCCGAUGUCAGGUAGAGAGAAGGCGUUUCAAUCUGCCAGCGAUCUGCCAGCGGCGGGAGCUUUCCGGCUUUGCUUCCCAUCACUCCGUCAGUGAUGAGGAAGCAGGAAGCGGGAAGCAGGAAGCGGGAAGCAGGAAGCACAAAGCACAAAGCACAAAGCACAGCCUGUCGCGGCUAUCGCGUUCUUGUUGCGACUGA